GCCCCAGGGACAUGAGGUCCAAUGUCCAGUGGAGCGUCCCUCGGGACUCGCACCCGGAGCUGCCGCUGUCAUUGUUUCUACAAUGAGUGCAUGUUCUCCGCUGACGUCAGACGGAGCUGUCCUGGCGCUAUAUAAGGCUGGCGGCGGUCCUGGGACAUACCCCGUGCUCCCCAAGACGCCUUCAGCCCGCCCCGAGGCACAGACCCUGGAGCUCCGCCUUGCACCGCAGACGCUCUCUGACAACCUGGCCCGCGGCACCAUGAGGCAGACGGGACGCGCGGCGCUGGUGAUGGGGCUGCUGCUCUUGGCGCAGCUGCGCCCCGGGAGCAGCCAGUGGAGUGCGACGUCGGUGGCGGCGGCGGCCGGGGCCCGGGGCCCGAGUCUGCGGUGGAGCCCCGGGGCGCGGAGCCAGGGCGGCGGGGCCCGCGCACUCCUCCUGCUGCUGGCGGAGCGCUUCCCGCGCCGCGCGGGGCUCGCCAGCUGGGGGUCGGGAACGGCGGGCGAGCGGCUGCGAAGGGACGACCCUCCACUGUCCAUUGACCUGACUUUCCACCUGCUGCGGACCCUGCUGGAGCUGGCCCGGACGCAGAGCCAGCGGGAGCGCGCCGAGCAGAACCGCGUCAUAUUUGACUCGGUGGGCAAGUGAUCUGCCGGGUCUGGGGCGCAGAAACGACCCUUUCCCACCCCGGGGCUGGCCUGUGCACGACCAGAACUGACCCAGUCCCGCGGUGCGGAGCAGCCCGGAGACAUUCUGAACUCUCUGCGUGAGAGAGUUCAGAGUUUUUUUUUUUUUUUUUAAAUAAAAAUGCUAAAGA